AUGACUGUUUUCGGCGUUGUUAUGUACCCCAACAAUGAGGACAUCCAGUUCGACGAGUCCUACUACAUGAAAACCCAUAUGCCUCUCGUCGAAAGCACCUGGGGACCUCACGGCCUGCUCAACUGGCGUGUCACCAAGUUCCCCACUGCGCUCGAUGGCUCGCGGUCUGAGUAUCUGAUCAUGGCCACCCUCGAGUGGGAGAGCCAGGAUGCCAUGAAGGCCGCUCUGGGGGCUCCAGGCACUGCGGCUGUGUUCGAUGAUAUCCCCAACUUCACCAACGCGAAGCCUGUCACUCUGGCUGGUGCCGACCUGCAGAAGUGA